AUGUCGACAGUGAUGGAGAUGUCGACGACGCGAGCCGAGAUUCGUUCGGUGCUGGUGAAACACUGGCGCUCACUGGACAAGGCGCGCCUCCACACGAUCCACUUCUGGCUGCUGAUCUACGCGGCCGCGCAGAUCUUCAUCGAGUACUACUUCUCCGAGGUCUACGCCGUGCUGAUGCUGGAGGCCGAGGACCGACCGCAGAGCAAAGAGAAUCACGAACGAGUGAGUCAGCGGCGGAUUAGAUUGCAUUGUUCCCACGGAUCGCAAAGGCUUAUUUUUAGGUCAAAAAGUGGUCGCCUUUCUGUUUUUACGCAUCCAUUUUCUUCAUCGCAUAUCUCAUCAUUACGUGUUUUGCAAUUCGCAUCAGACAGCCGGUAGGUCAAAUUUCAAAUUGAUUGUUUCAAAAUGUCAGAGAAACAGACAAAUUGUUGCAUACUUUUUCAGAAAGAAGGAAUCGGUCUGGUUCUCGUUUCCCUCUCAAUCUGUGUAAUUCUGCCCGCGUUCUCGUGGAUCCUCCAUCUGCCCGUCGUCAGUUUUGUGAGCCGCGAGCGAAUUCACACGAAUGAGCACGAUCAUUCGGCACUUUACACGAGUCUCUGCAUAGCUUCAGGUCAUUGAUUUUCCACAAAAUUCUGUUUAACUCGAAGUUACAGUAAUCCAAUUCUUCAUUCUGCCACGUCAUCGUCGCAUCUUUUUCGUCGUCGCCGUCAGUUGGAUCGUCGCCAAUUUCCUGUUGAUUGUGGCAAUCAACUGGGACGCUCUCAACGCCAACACACUGUUUUUGUGCUCGGUGAGCGAACGGCGAAGAGAGAAAGAAUACAAUUUCCUGCUUUUCAGUGUCUUUCCCUUUUCCUUCAUCAAGGCGUCAUUGCCAUUGUGGGCGUGGUCGCCGACUCGAAUGAGGCCGGAAAUCGUGCUGAAAUCGCGCGAAAGCUCACGGAAGCAGUGUACCGACGGACAGAGUUGGAGACUUUGAAAGAUCGGCAGGAGCAGCUGCUGCUAUCCGUCAUUCCCGCGUACUUGGCCGAUCAGGUCAGCAAGAGUAUCAUUCAGUCAAGUAGCACCGGAACAGGAAAGAGCAGCUCGAAGAAUCACAAGUUGUUCCAUGAUCUACACGUCCAGGUCCACGAUAAUGUCAGGUGAGCAUGAAUUCAUGGAACAUGUCUAACAUGGGUCUUCCAGCAUUCUCUUCGCCGACAUUGUGAACUUCACAGUGCUGGCAGCUCAACUGACUGCCAAAGAUCUGGUGCGAACUCUCAAUGAGCUCUACUCGAAAUUCGACCGAGACGCCCAGAGACUUCAGUGCAUGCGCAUCAAAUUUCUCGGCGACUGCUAUUAUUGUGUGUCCGGAAUGCCGGUGAACCGUCCGAAUCACGCGGACAUGUGCGUCGUCAUGGGACUAGAAAUGAUAAAUACGAUCAAGUGAGUUCGGGGAUCAGAUGAACACACAGAGAUCGUUUGCAGACAAGUCCGGAUCGCAACCGGAGUGGAUGUGAACAUGAGAAUCGGAGUGCACACGGGAUCGGUGCUUUGCGGAAUCAUGGGGCUCCGAAAGUGGCAGUUCGACAUUUGGAGCGACGACGUCACUCUGGCUAACCACAUGGAGUCGGCCGGAGUGCCCGGAGCAGUGCACAUCACCAAAUCGACCAGGGACAUGCUACUCGGAGAUUACUGUAUUGUGGAGGCGAAGUGAGUUGUUAGUCUGGUGAUUUUACUGACAUACAAACAUUUUCAGCGCCGACGAUCCGCACGUGGUCUCCUACGGCCAACCAACGUACCACAUCCUUCCGGACAAGACGUCUGCGAUCGAACGGACUGCCUCCAUCUACCGCAACAGUCGGCUGUCCACCAGUCCGGCACUCCAGUCCAGAAUGAGCAUGAAAGCGAAGGUGUCGAAGAUGGUCGAGUUUUGGGGAGCAGAGACUCCGUUCGCCAACUUUAACAAGAAAAAGUUCUCGACUUGCCAUGACCCCUCUCUGAUCACAGUAAGUGGAACAGCGCGUAAUUUGAAUCUGUAAAUAUUGUCGAUUUCAGGAUGAAAUUGCCCGUCGACCCACUUACAUAAACACCAUUCCAUCCAUGACACUCAUCGAGAACAACCUGACAAACUUUUCAUUCAACAAGUGCGCUCUGGGAUCUUUCGGAUAAAAAGUACAAAGGGUUUACAGUAUAAACUCAAUGUUCAACUGCGAACUGCCCACCAUUCCUGCCUCUCCGAAGCUCCUUUGGCCUUUCAGUCGCAAGUCGAUCACGUGCAAUCUCUCCGAUUGCGUCCUCCUCACGAUCGUCAGUGUUCCGUCGGCACUCGCAAUCUUCUCCUGUGCGCUUUGUACUGCCCGUAAGAUCCCCUCAAAUACCCAUUCAACAUAAAUACAGUGUCAAUGAAUGACAGAUCUGACGUUCUGCAACAAAUAUCUCUUCAACAGUUUUUCACAAUCAUGGGUUUGGCAAUGCUCUCACUUUGGACCGUGUUUGCUCGUACGCGAGACCUCUCAUCACUACCGUUUCGUUCAUUUUAUCCGCUUGCAUUCCGAUAGGACCUCAUGUAAGUUUUGGGCUGUGCUCAGAGUACACUUUCUCAUUUGCAGAUAAUAAUAAAGAAAUCGAAGCUGGAAGGUGUGAUGGCCUUCAACUCGCUCAUCUUCCUUCCCAGCUGUGUCAGUCACCUCGUCUCCGUUUUCAUUCUCUACCGCCUACCGUACUCCCAUCGCUGCUUCCUCUUCUUUGCCGACUUUGUCAUAUUCCAAGUUCUACUCUCUCUUUUCCCAGCAUAUGGCGCGGAAGUUUACGUUGGAUAUAUGGGGUCAGAACGCUCAACAAGACUAACCGAUAUUGUGUGUUUCCAGAUAUCAUCUCUCGAUAGUCUCCAUCAGUUUAUCGCUUCUAGUUGUUCUCCUCUUCUUCAUCGACUGGAUCGUAAGUGUCAUUUCUCGAUUCUCUUUGCUCACCGUCCCUCUUUCAGACAAACUACGAGCGGAAACGAGAGAGCGCAUGCCACGUUUCAUUCCAAAACGAGGAGCGGGACGUGGAAACGAUGCAGGAUAUCAACAAGAUCCUCAUAGAAAACAUCCUUCCCUCAAGUGUCGCCGCCAAAUUUUUGUCACCCGAUCGGGCGGUCAACGUGAGUUCUGAGGCGAUGAUAAUCAGUAGGCAAAUAAUGAAAAAGAGAGAUCAAAAUGUGCGAUUGACUCAUUUUCGACGAACAAAUAAGUGUUACGAAAGAAGUUUUGCACCUUGCAAAAGUGACGAUUCAUUACAAAUCACUAUUUGCCUUUGUGCCACUGAAAGAUUACUGUAACUCGUUGGGUAUUCAUUACAGGAACUCUACGCCCGUCAACACGAAAACGUAUGUGUGAUGUUCGCGUCGAUCCCGAACUUCAAAGACUUUUGGAGUGAAUGGGACACCAAUCGGAAGCUGGAAUGUCUGAGACUCUUGAACGAAAUCGUGUGCGAAUUCGACAAAUUGCUCUCGAAGCCAAAGUUUUCAAGUGUGGAGAAGAUCAAGACGGUCGGAAGUACGUAUAUGGCAGCUGCCGGGUUGAACGAGAGCGAGGCCGAUUAUGAUGAUGUGAGUGGAAGUGGAGCACACGUUCGAAGACUCUCGACUACUUUCAGAUCUACUUUGAGAAGCAGAGUUCCGGAAAGUUCAACAACAACAUGCGCCACGGCAACAUGGCGUUCCGCAACGCGAAUCUGAUGAUCGAGUUCGCGUUGGCCAUGUCUCAAAUCCUCGACGCGCUCAACCGAGACUCGUUCCAAAACUUCGAGUUGCGCAUCGGAAUGAGCGUCGGUCCGCUCGUCGCGGGUGUGAUCGGAGCACAGAAGCCGCAGUACGACAUCUGGGGAAACACGGUGAACUUGGCGAGUCGGAUGGACACACACGGCGAGCCGAGGAAGAUCCACGCGACGACGGACAUGGGCAGGGUGCUGCAGGCGGGCGGAUACCGUGUGCAGAGUAGGGGCAAGAUACGUGUAAAGGGAGUGAAGGUGGGCUAAAGUUUGCAUUCGAAACCGUUGAAACUUUAUUCAGGAGCCCAUGGAAACGUUUCUGAUCGAGGUGGACUCGAAGCGCAACUCUUGCGUCUCCGGCGAACAGCAAAACCACAACAACAACAACAACAACAGCCACAGUACCCUCUGA